AUGGAGGGAGGGAAGGGGGGAGGAGAGGACAGAGACAGAGAGAGAGAGAGAGAGAGAGAGAGGAGAGAGAGAGGAGAGAGAGAGAGGAGAGAGAGAGAGAGAGAGAGGAGAGAGAGGAGACAGGAUAGGAGAGGUGGAGGGAAAUAUUGUUACAGGAAAUAUUCUACUGAGCAAAUUAUUAGUCUUUAGAAAGGGGUUAGGGUCAGUGUUGUAGUACCCGAGUCCGGUCUCGAGACCACAUAUUGAGUGUCUUGGUCUUGUCUUGGUGUCUGAUACAUUUGUACUCGGUUUUGACUCGGUCUCGGAGAGUGAGACUCAUCAUUUCUUCCAGAGACCAGCCGAGACCAGCAGAGUAAAAAACUCAUAAUUAUCAGCUUCCAUUCAGUCAUAAAACCUCUUCGCCAGGCCAAAUAUAUACAGUAUUUUCUUGAAACAUGAAUAUCUUAACAGCCUUUAUAUCUAUUAUAGACAUGUUUGCGCAGUGGCGAACCUAUAGGCCUUCAGUGUGUGACAGGUUUGUGAUUCUGAAAGGACAGCAACUGUAAUACCAGCGCACUCAUGUAGGAGAUUGCACUUUUUUGUAAAACACAAAGGGCCAGUGGUGUAGUGGAGGGUAUAUGCAGGUAUAAGCCGUAUACACACUUUUUUUUCAGUGGGCAUUGCGUAUACUCACUUCUAAAUCCCUACUGAUACGAUUGAUCAAUUAUGUAGUACAAUAGAGAAAUCAUGCACAAAGUAGCCUACACAAUUGCAAAGCAUGUGAAAUAUAUUCACAUGCGUGCUGCACACAUAGCCUAGUUUCAGUGGAAUAUCAUCUGCAGGCAACAAGAGUGUGCAGCUCUCGACUGGUUUUGGCACGGAGCAGCUCACAGAAGAAUAACAUCAGUAGCCGGUAGGGUAGGAAAGACGUUUGAAUUUAUGAUAUCUACCAGUAAAUGCGAACUAAGGCAACAAUGGGUAUGCAAACCAGAUAUUGAAAAAGUGUUGGUUAGUAGGCUAUUUGUGAUGCACAAUUUUCAUAAUGUGCUGUUUGCAUCAGGGGUGUAGACAUGGAUCCGCCUGGGUGGACAGAGGCCCACCCACUGGGGAGCUAAGCCCUGACAGGUCCACACAAUCAGAUUGAUGUGGUUUAAACAUUGUUGUGGACUUAGACCAUCACAUUUUCGUAUUUUUUCUAUAUAAAAAAAGUGUGAUUUUGAGAGUGACAAUUUGAAAAAUCUAUAGAAAAACUCAUUUAAAAAAAGAUUAGAGUAUACCCACUUCUCCAGACACCACUGGGCCGAUGGAAAGACAGCAGUCACACACAGCAUGAUGUUAAAGGAUAAGCAGUCCAUAAACUCAGACAAAAUAAGCCAGUAGGUCCCAAUCAUAAGAAUACAAAAACACAACCAUUAAGCAAUUCCCAAUCAAAAUGUACAACUAUUACUUCCAAUUGCAAAAAACAUUUCAUGUUUAGCACACAAAGUAACCGGUGACCUAAAGUUUAAAGUGGAACUGACAGCGUUUUAACUACUUUGCGGAUAUGAAACAGUAAUAAUUGUAAUAGUAAUAAUUUGUAGACUGGCUCUAUUUCCCUCAGCAUGCAUUUUUUCACUAUUCUGAAUGUCUAAAUAAUCCAUAUGUUGUUCUGAAAAAUGAACACACAAAUACUGGACAUUUUGAACUCUUAUUAUGGUGGUGAUUUCUCAAAAUUACAAUCAUAGCCUUGAAUUGGACUCAAUUCUGGUCUCAGUCUUGACUCGGUCGUGGACCCCUUAUUUUCCUCCCGGUCUCAUUCUUGACUCGGUCUCACCCCCCCCUCUGGUCUCGGUCUUGACUCUGACUCAGUUUGCUCCAGUCUUGGUCUUGAAUCGAUCUCGCUUUAAGUGGUCUCGAACACAACACUUGUUAGGGUUAUGUAAAGGGUUGUUAUUUGGUUCUCUUUAUGCCAGUAGAAGGAAGUGAAAAUUAAACUUUGUGUAGACAGGUGCAAAAAGUGUGUGUGUGUGUGUGUGUGUGUGUGUGUGUGUAUGUGUGUGUAUGUAUGUGUAUGUAUGUGUGUGUGUAUGUGCAUGUACACGUGUGGGUGUGUUCUAUGUAGGUAGAGUGUGUGUUGUUUCUGAUUGGCUGAAUGAGUGUUGCUCCUUGUCAAUGGCCUCCCCAGUAAAACUAACUCUCUUCCUCUCUCUUUCGUUUUCCUUUAUCAUAACCUGUUUUCACGCCACUUUCAAUCUCAACCUCUCAUCAUUCUUUCUUCUCCACUUUCAUGCUUUUCCUCUUAUGUAAUUUCCCCAUCACUUUCCUCUCCUUUCUCUCUCUGUCUCCAUUCAUCUCCCCAUAUAUCUGACCCUUGGUUCAUACUCACCCCCCUCACAUCCGUUCCUUCAUCACCUCACCCCUCCCACUUCCUCCCCCUCCCUCCCUCAUCUCCCCAACCUAUUCCCUUGUGUUACCUUCAUCACCUCACCCCUCCCACUUCCUCCCCCACUCAUCUCCCCAACCUAUUCCCUUGUGUCACCUUCAUCACCUCACCCCUCCCACUUCCCCCCUCAUCUCCCCAACCUAUUCCCUUGUGCUACCUUCAUCACCUCACCCCUCCCACUUCCUCCCCCCCUCAUCACCCCAAUCUAUUCCCUUGUGCUACCUUCAUCACCUCACCCCUCCCACUCCCCCCCCCCCCUCAUCUCCCCAACCUAUUCCCUUGUGCUACCUUCAUCACCUCACCCCUCACCCCUCCCACUUCCUCCCCCUCCCCCCUCAUCUCCCCAACCUAUUCCCUUGUGCUACCAUCAUCACCUCACCCCUCCCACUUCCUCCCCGCCUCAUCUCCCCAACCUAUUCCCUUGUGCUACCUUCAUCACCUCACCCCUCCCACUUCCUCCCCCUCCCUCCCUCAUCUCCCCAACCUAUUUUCUUGUGUCACCCUCAUAACCUUCCCCCUCAUCCAGCCAACAUACUCACAGUCAUCAUCCUCUCCCAGCUGGUGUUACGGCGUCAGAAGUCCUCCUAUAACUACCUCCUGGCGCUCGCCGCCGCUGACAUCCUGGUCCUCCUGCUCAUCGUCUUCGUCGACUUCAUAUUGGAGGACUUCAUUUUGGGCGCGCCCCUCCCUCCCUCCCUCAACAAGGCGGUCCAGGUCCUGGAGUUCUCCUCUAUCCACACCUCGAUCUGGAUCACGGUCCCCUUGACCGUUGACCGUUACAUUGCAGUCUGUCACCCGUUGAAGUAUCAUAGCGUUUCCUACCCAGCCCGCACACGGCGGGUCAUCAUGGGUGUCUAUACGGGGUGUUUGGUGUCUGCGGCGCCUUACUACUGGUGGCCUGAGCUGUGGCAUGGUUUACCUGGAGGUGGUACAGGAAGUGGAGGAGGGGGGAGUAGUAGUAGUGCUGCGCAGCAUGUGCUAGUCUGGGUGCACUGCGCGACCGUUUAUCUCCUCCCCUGCUCCGUCUUCUUCUCCCUCAAUGCCAUGAUCGUCAGGAAGCUCCAGCGCCGUCGCAGCUGCUUCCGCCUCCGCGGCUACUCCACGGGCAAGACCACCGCCAUCCUGCUCGCCAUCACCUCCGUGUUCGCCGUCCUCUGGGCACCACGCACCGUCAUGAUCCUCUACCACCUGUACACGGCACCGCCGGCAUCCCCAGGUCCUGCCCGCCUCCUGCACCUCCUAACCGAUGUGGCGAAUAUGCUAGCUCUCCUCAACACCGGGGUCAACUUCUUUCUCUACUGUUUCAUCAGCAAGCGUUUCCGGACCAUGGCGGCCACGGUUCUCCGGACGCUGUUCCGAUGCCGGAAGCAGCCACCGCCAUUCUACGCUGGACACAACUUCUCUAUCACCAGUAGCCCCUGGAUCUCCCCAGCCAACUCCCACUGCAUCAAGAUGCUGGUCUACCAGUACGAUAAGAACGGCAAGCCCAUCUGCAUCUCCUCGUGA